AUGAAAUGCCGCCCGCUCGAUGCCUUCCCGAAGGAUCUACCCUUCUCACAUCCCCUCAAUUCUUGCGAACACAGUAGAGUGGUUUUUUUGGGAAGAGGAGAAGGGUGGAGACCACAAGGGUCGUCUAUACCUUAUCUUGGAUUUCUACUUCCGUACUACGGUCAAAUCUCUGCACCACCACCAACACACUAUUCUAGCGGUUAUGCCAUUGGCAUACAAGCCCGGGUCACUCCAACGCCCGGCCACCCUUCUCGCACAUCCCGACAGUAUCACCUAAACCAACAUGACAAACUUGCGGGCCCUACAGUCAUCCGACCCCGGUCUUGGAGGUCAGAGGCGUGUGGGGAGAAGGGACCAGAGACAUAUCCCAGUGAUAUUCUCAUUCUAGGAAUAAUAGCCCCUUGCGCGGCUAUGGUGGUGACAACAGAAGACGGCCAGACUCGGACGAUGUUCGAAUUAAAAGCGUUCAUCACGGUCAUCAUCCCACAUACUACUACCCCAAUCUUAAUAUAUCAUGGGUCCAGUGAGACGAACCCGCGAGAACGUAGGGUAAACCUAUACCCAUCUAUCCUUACUGGUGACCAAGUUGAACAACACCCUGCGUUCUAUCUGUUUGGGUCGAGCACGUACGUUCCUCAGAACUCCCAGCAAGUCCGACGCAGGAGCGUCAAAGCCGUCUCCACUCACGUACGCACUCUCUCCCAACUCGUUCUGUUCGGUCUGCUCUUCACAUGGAACGGGGCGUACCGUGACGACCUUGCCGGCCUCACACCAGCCCUGUCCAGCAAGGGCCUCACACGACCCUCGCGCCUCCCCUUGUCUGGACGUGUGGCCAACUUUCAAACUCCGCAAAGGUUAAUGGGGGUAUUAAGUCUGACCAUUAGGACUGCGCUUCUCGAGGUCGUGUGGUCAAGAUCCCCUACGCUGCGGAAAGAGUCCAGCCGUGCCGCGUCACUGCCGUGGCCCACACACACACACACUCAAUCAAAUGGCAACGUAGAAUAUGAGAGGAUUGUAGUAGCUAUAUACGAAUCUCCCGAGUCGGGCGUCCGGUACAAUCCACAGUUCUACCCUCCCGUACCAACCGGAACAAUUAAAAUGAACACGAACGAGUAUAGAGCAACGAGUGGAGCGUUCAAGAACACUUCUGGGGUCGUCAGGCUAGGGUCUCGUUCAUUACCUCAUCGCCUCCGAGACCUACGGAAGAUUCAGUCAGUUUUGACAUAG